AUGAUCUACCACGAUACUGGCGGCUGGCUAACAUUUAUAUUAACACUGAUUGACGUGCAUUCUAUAGCAGGAAUUAUUCUCUCGGGAGCGCCGAAUUCAUACGCCAGGUAUCCGAAGUGGGCUCAUUCGUUCGAAAAUUCGCUUUCAUUCGAAUUCAAAACGAAGCAGUCGCAUGGCCUUCUCCUGUACACCGAUGAUGGCGGUGUAAAUGGCAAUUUUUAUUCGAUCAGUAUAUCCGACGGGAGAGUUCAACUUGACUUUCGGUAA